AUGACGACGAGAUGGGAGAAUAAAAAUAAAAGAAGAACCCGGAGACCUUGGCGGACCUCCAGAAAUCAGAAGAAAGAGAAAAGAGAGGGCCGACAGAGAGAUGGGAAGGGAAUGGGAGGAGAAAUAGAAUUGAACGGGAGAGAGACGGAGAGAAUGGAGCAUUGUGGAUGGAGGACGAAAAGGAGAAUUGGGGAGGGUAUGAAUAGUAGUAGUAGUAGAGUUGUUGUAGUAAAAAGAAGUGAGAGAGAGAAAGGAGAAUUUUGGACUUCAGCAUGUCAAACACCAUACAAAGGGUUGAUUGCGACAGUUUUUGAGAUGAAUGCGGCUCAAUAUGAAAUUCGGGAUGUUGUUAAUUUUGUCAAACUGAAUUUAUUUAAUUCUUCAAAUUAUGAUUUCUUAUAUUCGACUCAAGCUAUAAAUAUUCCAUAUGGAGGAACACAUCAGUUUCAGAAACUUUUUUUGGAAUACGGAAGAGCAAAAAAUGUAACAGAUCUUCAAUAUAAUAUUGAUAAUUUGUACAGGCAUUCGAUUCUUGAUAGGAAUCCAACGGUGGCAGAUGGACUUUCCUGGCUGUUAGACUACAGAGAUCCCCCAAUGUAUGAUACACAAGGAGUAAUUAUUGUUGUUGGCAAUCACAACGAUGAAAGUCCUUCACUAACAUCCGCAUAUCUCGGAAGUUUGCGAGCACAGAGAUACAAAAUUAUAUCAGUUGCAGUUGGAAAAAAUCAUGGAGACUUAUCCCAAAUCGCUGAUUCACCAAAUUUUUAUUUUCAAGUUGAUGAAUCAAAUGGACAGGAUGUGGCUGAUAGAAUUUCUUUGAUUCUUUGUAAUUUGUGA